CCCAUGGCUGGCCUGAACGUGUCCCUCUCCUUCUUCCUUGCCACCUGUGCCCUCUGUGAGAUGGCCAGGAGGGUGUGCAAGGCCCUCCUCCCGACGGGUGCCUAUGCCAGCUUUGCCCGGGAAGUGGCUGGCGCGGCCCAGCUGGCCGCCUGCUGCCUGGAGAUGCGCAUGCUGGCCGAGUUCGGGCCCUGGGCCGGGGGUGUAGGACCGGACCUUCUGCUGACCCUGCUCUUCCUGCUGUUCCUGGUGCAUGGGGCCACCUUCGACGGCGCCUCUGCCAACCCCACUGUGGCCCUGCAGGAGUUUCUCCUCGCUGAGGUGACACUUCCCAGCACUCUGCUGAAGCUGGCAGCCCAGGCGCUGGGCGUGCAGCUGGCUGGAGCACUGACCCGGCGCUGCUGGGCCUGGGAGCUUAGCGACAUGCACCUACUGCAGAGCCUCCUGGCCACCCACUGCAGCCCCGCGCUGCACACGUCCGUGGGCCACGGUGCGCUGGUAGAGGGCACCUGCGCCUUCUUCUUCCACCUGACACUGCUCUGCCUGCGGCACAGCCUCCCGGUCUACAGGGCACCAGCCGUGGCACUGCUGGUCACUGUCACAGCCUACACAGCUGGGCCUUACACAUCUGCCUUCUUCAACCCCGCACUGGCCGCCUCUGUCACCUUCCACUGCCUGGGACACAGCUUCUUGGAGUAUGCCCAGGUGUACUGGUUGGGCCCCCUGACAGGGAUGGUUCUGGCUAUUCUGCUCCAUCAGGGCCACCUUCCCCGCCUUUUCCGGAGAAACCUGUUCUACAGGCACAAGAGCAAGUACCGGAGCCCCAGAGGGAAGCUGGCCAUGGCCCCUGUGGACACCCCUGUGGCCACGCAGGGGCGCACUGGGCAGGAGUGGGGCAGUGCCCAGUGACCCACUUCCCACCUGCCAGC